AGCCAGGUCAGUGGGGAGUCGCGGCUGGCAGAYCCUGGGCUCCGCAGCCCGGGGUGGGCUCUGCCGGAGGUGGGCCCGAGCCUCGCACUUCCUCGGGAGCUACCCUGUGCCUUGCCUUUGCGGCCCCAAGAGCUUGGGAGCGGGAUCCGUCCAAAGGGCCAUCUGGAUUAUGCCGGACCCGCGACCUGCGGUCGAUUUCUUUCCAGCAUGAUCYRCUGGGCCCCCAGGCCAUCACCUAGAAGAGCCCAUUCACUCUGGACGAACCUUUUGGCAGCCAAAGUCUGUCCUUGAGAAGGAUGACUGAGACAUUAUGGGACACGCCCUGUGUGUCUGUUCUCGUGGAACUGUCAUCAUUGACAAUAAGCGUUACCUCUUCAUCCAGAAACUGGGGGAGGGUGGGUUCAGCUAUGUGGACCUAGUGGAGGGGUUACAUGACGGACACUUCUACGCCCUGAAGCGAAUCCUGUGUCACGAGCAGCAGGACCGGGAGGAUGCUCAGCGGGAAGCAGACAUGCAUCGCCUCUUCCACCACCCCAACAUUCUUCACCUCGUGGCUUACUGUCUGAGAGAGCGGGGUGCUAAGCAUGAGGCCUGGCUGCUGCUACCUUUCUUCAAGAGAGGUACGCUGUGGAAUGAGAUAGAAAGGCUGAAAGACAAAGGCAACUUCCUGACUGAGGAUCAAAUCCUUCGGCUGCUGUUGGGUAUCUGCAGAGGCCUUGAGGCCAUUCAUACCAAAGGUUAUGCCCACAGGGACCUGAAGCCCACCAAUAUCUUGCUUGGAGAUGAGGGACAGCCAGUUUUAAUGGACUUGGGUUCCAUGAAUCAAGCAUGUAUCCAAGUGGAGGGUUCCCGCCAGGCUCUGACCCUGCAGUCCCUAGGUUGUGUGCUUUAUGCCAUGAUGUUUGGGGAAGGCCCUUAUGACAUGGUGUUUCAGAAAGGUGACAGUGUGGCCCUUGCUGUGCAGAACCAACUCAGCAUCCCACAAAGCCCCAGGCAUUCUUCAGCACUUCGACAGUUGCUGGCCUCCAUGAUGACUGUGGACCUGCAGCAACGCCCUCACAUUCCUCUCCUCCUCAGUCAAUUGGAGGCAAUGCAACCCCCAGCUCCAGGCCAGCAUACCACUCAAAUCUGAACUAACCAGUGGCCACAUUGAGAUGGCUCCAUGUGCCUUGGAAAGAGGCUCUUAUCCCUCAUUGGAAGUUCAUCCUUUCUAUCCAGGGCUGCCAUUGACAGUUGGGUACCAGGGAUGAGGAUCUUUAUCUCAGUCCUCUCUCUGCUCUUUUACCYCAGUACAUAGGCAAGGGGCCUGACCGGUGGUGAGGCUGGGGGAGAAAGUGAAACAGAGAAAAUAUGGURCACAACUCUGAGCUGGACUGCUGCGCUCACAUCAUGUUCUGCUUUCAAAUCUGGAAGCAGGAGAAUGUAUAAACAGGAGAAUAAAGUGAAAGCAGGUUGGUGUGGAUCUUAUUCCCAGUGUGUCUAGAGGCAGAGAAGAGAUGCAAGGGGCCCAGAGUCUGGUUGCCAGUUCCAAGGGAUCAGCCUGGAWAGAGGUACUGGUGUAGUCAGCAAAGUGUUUCUGUAUUAUUUAACAGGAGGCAAGUGUCCUUUUCUGAUAUGUGGGUAGUUUUUUUCCUAGCUUGUUUUAGUCGCAAAAUUAAAGCUCUGACUUGAGCUAGUUUCUGCCUUUGCUAAGAACUGGGAUCAGCACCCCUAAAAGCAUACUCAACUAUUUCUUUUCUUCUUUCACUCCCAGGGGUGGGUUACUUAGUUAAAGUAGCCCAGCCGGUUUGCCAGGCCAAGAGCCUCUGGGUGGAGACACCUGGGGAAGCUUUCAGACAGCUACCUAACUGGUCUCCCAUCCUCAGCCUGGGGCAAGGGGAGUGGAGCUGGCAACCAUUUUGGCCACAUCUCYCUGAUUUUCCUAGCUCACGCGUAGUUAAUAAUUAAUGAGACUAGUGUGGUGUGGCAGUAUUCAGCAGCCACUUCCUGUCUGCUCUGCUGAGUAAACAGGGGCCCUGCCCUUAGCUGGGCUUAAAACCUGUUCCCCAGGGAAGGGCACAGUGUCCCUGAAUCACCAAGGAGAGGCGGCAAGAGCAGGUUGGCAUCUCCUGCUCCUGAGAUUGAAGCUUCCUCCCCCACCAUGCCCACCGUCGCCACAUACUGACGUCAGUGUGGGUCCUGGGGUGCCUAUUAGCAAAGUUUGAAUUUUCCCCCAGGGCCCUGGCAGGAGGCUCCCACCAGCUAGUGUUAGGCUGAGGCUGAAAGAAAGCACAAACAGGGAGACGACCUGACUUUUAAUGGCACAGCCCUAGCUCCAGCAAAGCAAGACAGACAGUAAGCUAUGCAAAGCUGCUGAGAAGUGCAAUGGCAAAAACAACUCCAGAUUGCCCUUGUUCCCUCCCACCCUCCAAGCUUAUGAUGUGACUCCAUGCCUGGGAACUUCGGGCCAGCUCAGCCCCAUUCCCAAACUCUAAUAAUGCACAGCAAAGCCUUGCCCAAGUCUUGGUUCCAGAGUUGGUGGAUGCAGAAGCAGCAGGAAUAAUAGGGUGGCAGUCCAUUCUCCAACACAGAAACUACUGGACUUAAAUUCCUACUUGUAAGGAAGUGAAGACACAUAUCCUUCAAUAGUUUGUGACAGGAUAGACAGGUCCAGGGGGAUUUGGUCCUCAUUUCCUCCCUAUUUUUGGAUCCUCCUAGGACCUAAUAUCAAGGUCCCUGGGGUCAUGAUUCCUGGGCCUGGAAAGAGCCCCUUGGCAAGUCUCACCUUCAGCCAUGGAAGGGAAAAGUGUCAUGAGCAGCAAAUAGUGAGGGCA